AUGGAUUCUAAGGAAAGCGAGCAGGCGAAGGAGAUCGUGGCAUCGACCCCAACAUCAUCGAGCACGAAUCCGAGUCCAGACCCAGACCAACCAACAUUCUACGACCCCAAGCCUUCACGUAAGCCACCGCCGCAACAUGGCAAAACCGCAACUGGAGCACCUGUCAAUCCGCAGACUGCUUCUGCGCUCGCACAAUCGCGUCACAAAGGCAGUGGCGUCCCGGCAUCAACCCUCGCCGCCCUCAUGGCAGAGCCCGAGCCUGAGCCGGAGAACAAAGAGAAGAGAUCGCUGCGCGAGCGGUGGAAAGAAUGGAAGGAGAGAAAAUCGUAUGACAAGAAGGACGAAGAAUCGGUAUGGCAGGUGCGCGGAAGCUCCACGCAAUGGAAUGUUUUUGGUUCACCUGUGAGCGAGGGGAAGAUAGAGAAGGGUAGGAGUUGGAAAUAA